ACAACCUUAUGCACAAACCAUGUAUUAUAACCUCGAUGCAACAUGUUCCACAGGCACUUGCCGAUCAAUCAACUGCGCCUGGCGUCCUACCUUGGUGGCACCGUCAGGCUGAAGGUGGCUGGGUAAAGCUGGACUCAUCCUGCAACCCAUGACUUUACAGUCACUUCUUUCCCGCUCAGCCUGAUAAUUAUGUUUAAAAGUCUCUAGUCUACUCAGCCUUCGAAACCAUUCUUCGACUAUCAUCAUCAUGACAGAUCCCCCUUCUCCUGUAGAGGAGUACCGCUAUCUACGUGUUGCGAAUCCGGACCCACGAGAGGAAUUGGAGAGAACUCAUGCACCAGGAGAAUUCGAGAGAGCCCAAGACUUGGUCGAUGCUAGGGACAAUCAUUCUACUUAUUCCUCACAUGAUAGGAUCUCAGACGAGGGAGACUGGACAGAGCUGCGCAGUCUAUAUUCUCCCGAUACCCAAAACCUUUCUCCUGCACCGAGACCAGACCCAAAACCCAUAUCAUCUCGAGCAAAUCCCUUCGAAAACUUGCGAAUAUAUACGACGUUCAUCAGCUGGGCCAAAGCUAGGGGCUUUGAUGGAUGGCGUAUGGGCGUGCUGGCAGGCUGUUUUACAGCGGUCUCUGUUUGCUUGGCGAAUGUGGCUAUCCUGUUAGCAGGUGCUGCUCUAUCUGGCGGCUAUAAAAAUGGCAUUGCACACCUAGCACAAGGUUCAGCCGAAUACGUGACUAGAUGGAGUACCGCACUCCACAUUUUCAUCAACAUUCUUAGCACGCUCUUGUUGAGUGCGAGCAACUAUACAAUGCAGGUUCUCAGUUCUCCAACCCGAGAGGAAGUCGACAGAGUUCACUCCCAAGGCAAGUUCCUUGAUAUCGGUAUCCUUAGCACGCGUAAUCUUCGACACAUCUCCAGGAAGAGAUUGAUCCUCUGGUGGAUAUUGGGAAUUUCUUCGAUUCCGCUUCACAUUUUCUAUAAUUCCGCGAUUUUCGAUGUUGUCGUUGGAAAUCAAUUCGAUACGACAAUGGUAGAAUAUAUGUCCCCCGAAUAUACUACUCUAAACAUUUCAGCUGCGCGAGACGAUUCAACAGCGCACCGAAACUUGACAAAUGGGCAAUGGCAGAACUUUUACGAUGCUGAAGCCGUCUCAGGCCUAGGCGAUUUAUCCCUCGUCGUCGAUGAAAUAUCCCUGAACCUCCAGACAUACCAAUCGGUCCUGAAUCAUACUUUCUCCACGAACAAAAGUGACGCCUUCAACUUUACGGACAACUCGGUCACCAUUCAUCGGGAUACAACGGCUUUCACGAUACCAAACAUGAGCGCGGAGGGAUGGGUUCCGGCAUUCAAUUUGGAGCCUACCCAGCUUUACCCUAUCCACGUUCGCUACGCGUUUGCACAGACAAGAGGGGGUGCGAAUAGCAGAUUGGAGAUCAGUUUAUUCUUUAUGCUUAUCGUGAUAUUCUCAAACGUUGUGAAAGCGAUAGCAAUGCUGCUGGUACUACUGGACGAGCGUCCUCUUUAUCUUGUCACAAUUGGAGAUGCGGCCGCCUCAUUCUUGAAAAGGCCGGAUGCAGUAACGGCAGGGCUCUGUACACUUUCUAAAGACGACAUGCUUAUCAAGCUCGGCCGAGACCCAACGAUGCGCAUCCUGGAAAGCGAAGAGAAGGUCAUAAAGUUGAAGUCACGUCUGAGUGGUGUAUGGAAGUCUCGUAAACGACAAUACGGUAGUGCGAUCAGUGAUGGGAGGCAAGCAUUUGGAAUGAUAAUGUAACUGCUCUCUCAUGAUCGCGGCCGGCGUUGUCAUUUUCUCUGUAUCGAUCAGCAAUGAUGGAGGUUUAGGCUCUUGGGGCACAUCUUCAACAACAACGCUCUCUAUUGGAUCGAGUAGGUUCGACGCGACAGGAACUCUCUUCAAUGCGGGAC